GGUGCACUGAAGUUUGUAUUGCCCUUUUGUCUUUCCAUGCCAUGUAAACAAAGUAGUAUGCAUGUUUUACUGAAAGACCUUGCAGGUAGUCUCUACACAGCUUACCUAUUUACUCACUUUGUUUUUAUUUACCUACCUAUAUACUGAAUCUGAUGUUAUACUCAUCAGAGAAACCUAUUGAGCUGUUGAAGUGUUAUGGUAAAACUGCUACUUGCUAUUCAAAAGAAAAGUAAUGCUGAUCCUGAAUAGUUAUAAAUUUUAAUUGAUCUUAAAUAUACGGUAUAUGUUAUUUAUGAAUCAUUAUUCAAAUUUUUAAAAAUCAAAAUGGGGACUUUCAUUCCACACCAUGGGGACUAUAUGAUCAAGCAUGAGCAGUGCUACCAUUGUGCUGGCUUCUAUGGCCCCUGCUUUGGCGAGCCUCUCUGUGCAACCUGCCACGAGUUCUUGUGUCCAGCAGAUCCUUUCAGCAGGAAGCAACCUCUACAGCUCUGUGAUCAAAAAGCUGAUGAGUGUGACUCAGGAAAUGAAGAACCCCGAGACAGCCAGCAGGACUGCGUCGCCCCGCCUCGCAUUGUGCGUCUGGAUGGCGACAGAGUUCUGUAUCAGUACCCUGACACAUCUUCUAACAGCCCCACAUCUCCUAGCAACUUUCCCACAGAUCCUUCUGAUUGUUUCUCCUCUAGUAACUACUCGGUAGACAAAUACUCUGUUGCCUACGGCGCAGCUGGUGGUGCAACCUAUUCAUCUACUGGGCCUGGUCCAUGUCCUUCAUUGGAUUACGCUACUUGCUCAACAGUCAAUGCUGCCAGCAUACCUAACAAUAUCUGUGACAAAAGUAAUGCACCCUUGUCAUCUUUUUCUGCCUCUGGAUCUAACCAUGGUGCGCCAUACUCAGUUGCACUUCGUGUUGACCCAACAUCUAGCAACUUCGUACCUAAAGAAGAAUCACCUCGCUUUCCUGUUCACAGAGGGGAUGAUUCUGUUGAUUCUUCUUCAUCUGAUUCAGAUGAUGAAAAUGGCAAGCGCUUGUUCUUUAUGGUGACUAGUAAAGUAAAGGCUCUUUGUUCUGUGCCCGGUGCUGAACGGUAUCCGAAACUCAAAGAACUCGAGCGUUCAUUUGCAUCAAUCCUUGGCAAACAGUUUGCUGAAAAUAUUCCUAGUCUAUUUAUGAAUGAACUUUUCAUUGGAGAUAAGGCUGAAAAUGACCCAAUGGUUGCCGCUCAGCGGCGGUUGGUCAUGGAACAGGUGCUGGCAGACUUGAACAGGUCAGGCGAGGCUGACUAUCAGGACCCCAUUGACAAGAUGAUAAAUGAACUGAAGUCAUGUGACCCGCAUAGUCUGUGCCACAAACCCAAUGGUAAAGUCAGAAGAAUUACGCGUAAGAAGCACAGCAGAUGCUUGAUUAACAAGUACUCAGAAGAACCAGAAGCAAGCGCUUCUUGGCAGACAAGCAGUAACAACAACAACAACGCAUAUCUCAACGUGAGCAAUAACUCUUGUCGCUGUAGUUCUGCUCAGAGCAGCUGUGAGCUGCAGGAGCGACUUUGUCUCCUCACCAACCACCUGAGAUUCGCUGAGAGCACGCCCACUCCUCUCAUCAACAGAAUUCCUCCUGAAGUAUGGCUGGCGGUGUUCAGGAAGAUGGACGACGUGUCCUUGUGGCGCGCCUCCCGCGUCUGCAGGUCGUGGAAGGAACUGAUCCUGCGUCACUGGGGGCAUGACAAGUGGAGGAGCUUCACGCUCAACAGGUGGCGCUUCUUCAAGCCGCUCUACAACCCCAAGCACUGGCACGCCAUCUACACCAGCCUGAUGGAGGCGUCGCCAUGCCAGAGCUGCCAGAGUGUCAUGUUCAGGCCGGUGCGCGCGACGGUGUUGACGGAGCAGCGCAGCUGGCGCAUGACGCGACUGCGCACCGAACUCAGGAAUCUGCUGUCCGAUUCUCCUGAAGGCAUCGAGGCGAUCCCUUUGGACAUCCAAGCUCUUCACUGGCAAGCCUCCAUCAGAGGUCCUGAUGAGAGUCCUUAUCAGGGCGGCACCUUCUUCCUCCACAUCCUCAUCCCUCCGAGGUACCCGUUAGGCCCUCCCGUUGUUCGGUUCCUAACAAAAAUCUUCCACCCGAACGUGUCGUGUCACGGCGACAUCGGCAUUGACUCCAUCCAGCACAACUGGUCCCUGGCGCUCACCAUCUCCAAAGUGCUCAUCUCCAUACAGUCUCUGCUCACCGAUCCCUACACCACGGUGUGUAUGAACCCUGUGGCUGGGAGGCUUUACGACUCCGACCGUCCCAAGUUCGACGCCGUGGCGCGGGAGUGGACGUGGCGCUACGCGAUGGUGGACGUGCUUCAACCCGCCCCAUCCGCGGCCGAGCUCGACCUGUGCGCAGCAGCGUCAGACUCGUUCGAGGACAACAGCAUGGAAGACUUGAGUUGCCUGCUCCAGGAUCCUGGAGAAGACGACAACAACGAUCAGGAACCCGACAACAACGACCAAGAGCAGGACAACAACGAACCCGAUAACAAUGAACAAGAACAAGAUAACAACGAUCCAGAACAAGUUGACCCUGGCCAAGAAAACAUGGACCAAAAUUAGGAAAUGUUAAGUUGAAUGCAGCGUGACUCGCGCGUGAUAAAUUUAAAAUUUCUAGGUGCCAUUUCCGGCUUAUUCCGUUGAACAGUUUGAUUAUAUGAACGAUCUCAGGCGUCAUUAAUUGAAUGCUGUAACUUUUAUACCUUUGUCUGGAACGGAUGUCGCCAAGCUUUGUUUGCGGCGAGACAGAUUUCAAACAAUAACUGGUACUAUACACUCGAUUGUUGUGUUCGGAGUAUGCAGGCCGGAGCUCUUCAUCACGUAACUUCAUAUUUUCUAUUACCAGUACGGGCUUUUUGCCUGUUCUCUGCUCUAUGGUACAAUUUGAUUGCAUAAUUGAAUACGUUAUUCCGCUUUAACUUCGUGAUUAUGUCACAAACGACUCAUAACCUGAACAAUAAGCUUAUUGUACAUCAUGUAUAUGGAGUUUUUAUUCUUCCUUUCAUUAUUCUUCCUUCCGCACAGACGCCGUGUUUAUGUUACCUCACUGCAGGCGUACGUGCAGCGAUAUCCCAAAAUGCGGAUGUUUAUAUCAAUAAUAUCCAGUGACUCAUAAUGUAGAUAAAAGUUUCUACGUUUUGUUGCAAUAUGCACCUUGAGGUGCAGGCCUUUUUUUACGUCAUGCCUUCCUCGGUUAAUUGUAUCUCUCACGUUUUAUAUAUGCUAUGAACUCG